GCUGGCUUUAGAGCGGACCCAGGGACCGAGCCGCGCCUUUAGCAUCCUUGGCGCUCCUCCCCGCUCCCCCCCCCCAACCUUUCUCUUUCGACCUUCUGCCUUUUUCUCUCGAAUCCUCGCGUGCGGGGGACGAGGAGUGGCAAUUCGACGGCAGUGCGGUGUAAAGGAAUUCGUUAGCCAUGGAUGUUUUCAUGAAAGGACUUUCAAAGGCCAAGGAGGGAGUCGUGGCUGCUGCUGAAAAAACCAAGCAGGGUGUGGCAGAAGCAGCAGGAAAGACAAAAGAGGGUGUUCUCUAUGUAGGAUCCAAAACCAAGGAAGGGGUAGUUCAUGGUGUGACAACAGUGGCUGAGAAGACCAAAGAGCAAGUGACAAACGUUGGCGAGGCAGUGGUGACAGGGGUGACGGCAGUAGCACAGAAGACAGUAGAAGGAGCAGGGAGCAUUGCAGCUGCCACUGGCUUUGGCAGAAAGGAUCAUUUGGGCAAGAUCCUUGCCAACAAAAUAGAAACUGUGGACCCUCUUCCCAGAAAAAUGUACAUACACACCCCAAAGGGCUUAAUGGGAUCAUGGAAACCCAUUAACAGAUAGAGCUUGUGAUUUAGACCAAUUUCCUGACUGUACAGAUGAGGAAGUUUACAGAGGGGAAGUACUCAGUCCAAGGUCACAUAGCCAAUUGUAAUAGACUGGAUUCCAGCAGUGCUUUUCCAUCUGCUAUUGUCACAUCCCCAACCCCUUCCUCAAAAUUUACCUUCCUUUUGAGUUUUCAUAAAUAGAAUUAUGGACAAGUAGACUUAACUGGAAAAAUUAUUUGCUUCAGAAUAUUAAGAAACCAGGAAAGCUUGUACUGUCCUCCUCUCACCCCCAUUUAAUUUGUACAAUGUAAAUUGCAAAUAAAGCAUGAAAAUGUUUAAUUUCUUACAAAAUUAGGCUUCGUACACUUCUAAAAAUAUUGCUCUUUAUUUUAAUGUUUUAAAGCAGAAGUCUAAAUGAUGUGACAAAGUUAACCAUUUGGAGAUAUUUCUUUUAUGGGUACUUGUUGUGUCUUACAAAUGUCCAAAAAUGAAAAUGAAGUCAUAAACCUAAAAGUUACAGCAUAGUUGUAGCAAAAAAAAAAAAAAAGAAAAAUUUUACUGGGAUUUUAAAUGGCUGAUUUUCAUCCCUGUGCUGUCACCAACAGGCUGAAUGACACUUCGAAGAUCUCCUAAGACUCUUACAUAAUGAGGGAUCUAUAAUAGAAAAUUUUAAAAUCCCAAUUUAGCAGUAGAAUUCUGUUUCUGUAAUAACUAAUGAAAGAUGCUAAUGAACUUUCAUUUUGGCCACAUCUAUGGGAUGCUAAAAAUUCUAGAGUUUAAACAAAAUCAUCGAAUUUGUUCAUUAUGAAAUGUGAAGUAAUUUCACCCUUCAGACUCUGAUCAGAGUGAUUCUGGUGAAUGGAAAUAAAGCAAUUUGUUGUAGCUUUAACCACUUGUUAAUGACCUCAUUUUGACACACAUUAUUCAUUGAAGAAAUAAUACUUGUUCACUGUGUGCCAUAAAUUUUGCUAGACAUUGAGGUUAAAAUUAUGAGAAAACCAUACACUGUUUUUUCUUCAUUGUGCUUAUAGUCUAGUGACAAAGAUCAGUAAUAAUCACCUAAUUACCCAUAAUAAGUGUAUAGUUAUAAACUGUGAUAAAUGCAAUGGUGUGCCUAAUGCCAAGAAUAUCUAACUGAAUGCUUGACCCAGUUACUGUGGGUUAGCGGUAAGGCCAGAUGCGCCCUUGGGGAAGUGAUGUCUGAACUGAGAUCCAAAAAAUGACUAGCAGUUAUCAGAAGUGAGAGUUAAAGGAAAAGCAUUCCAGGCUAAAGCAUCAGCAUGAGAAAGUCUAAUGUGGUAGGAGGGGACCAUGGCAAAUCAAAGGACAGCUGGAGCCAGGGAAGAUACGGAUGUAGCCCACAUCUCAGCUAGCCAUGGUAAAAAUAUUGGUCUUUAUUCUAAAAAUACAGGGACCUAUUCAAGUAUUGGAAGCACUUAAUCUGGAUUUCAGGUUAUAGGUUUGCAUGUUGAAAAGAUAUCUCUGCCUGUAGAGUGGGAAACAGAUUAAAGAAGGGAAAUAGUGAAAAUCAGAACCAGUUAGUGGACUACCGUGGAAAGAGGAGAUUUAAAGAGGAGAUGAUUGUGAA